CUUUUGGGGUGCUGUCCUCCAUAAACCCCACAGAAGAAGAAGAGGAGGAAGAACGUUGUCGAUUAAGAGGAAUGUUUAAGAGCUGAGUGAGCUGUGACUUACAUCUAAAACCAGUCUCCCUGGGGAGAGAGGGGAGGGGACCACUGCCUCUAAAAUGAGUCUCUCUGGGGAGAGAGAAGAGACCACUGCCUCUAAAAUGAGUCUCUCUGGGGAGAGAGAGGAGAACACUGCCUCUAAAAUGACUCAAGACACCAGUUCUAAGAGUGUCCAGAAGCCCAGAGCAGAGUCCCCUACAACCAGCCUGGUAUCAAUGAAGAGUGAUCAGCCACCUGCUUUCAGCCAGGAACCAUUACCAGAUGACAAUAAUGAAGUGGAGAUUUUGGACAGUGAGGAUGCAUUAAAGAUCACACACAACCUUCUGGUCAGAAGAAGUCAAUCUCUGCUGACAGUCCAACAAGACAUUAAGGCUAAACUGAAACACAAGUAUCAACACAUAUCUGAAGGAAUUGGACACCAUGGAAACCAAAGUCUGUUAAAGGACAUCUACACAGAGCUCUACAUCACAGAGGGUGGAAGUGGAGGGCUCAAUAAUGAACAUGAGGUUAGACAGAUAGAGAUGGCAUCCAAGAAACAAACCACACAAGAGACACCAAUCAAAUGCAACGACAUCUUCAAGCCUUUACCUGGACAAGACAAACCUAUCAGAACUGUGCUGACCAAAGGAAUCGCAGGCAUUGGAAAAACAGUCUCUGGGCAGAAGUUCAUCCUUGACUGGGCAGAGGGAAAAGCAAAUCAGGACGUUCAUUUCAUGUUUCCUCUUCCUUUCCGUGAUCUGAACCUGAAAAAGGACCAAUACAGUCUGAUGCAACUUCUUUCCCACUACUUCCCAGAGCUGAAAGAGAUUGACAGCAUUGAAGAUGGUGAAACCAAAACUGUUUUAAUUUUUGAUGGUCUGGAUGAGUGUCGACUUCCUCUAGACUUCAAAAACAAUGAGAAGUGCUGUGAUGUCACGAAGCCAACCUCAGUGGAUGUGCUGCUGACAAACCUCAUCGAGGGGAAUCUGCUUCCCUCUGCACUCCUCUGGAUAACCACACGGCCUGCAGCAGCCAAUCAGAUCCCUCCUGAGUGUGUUGACCAGGUGACAGAGGUACGAGGGUUCAAUGAUCCACAGAAGGAGGAGUACUUCAGGAAGAAGAUCCCAGAUCAGAAUCUGGCCAAUGAAAUCAUCAAACACAUGAAGACAUCAAGGAGCCUCCGCAUCAUGUGCCACAUGCCAGUCUUCUGUUGGAUAUCAGCCACUGUCCUUGAGAUGAUACUGAAAGACGCAGAGAAGGAUGAAGUCCCCAAAACUCUGACCCAGAUGUACUUACACUUCAUGCUCAUCCAAAUCAUUGUGAAGAACAGGAAGUACAACAAAGCCACAGAGACAAACCCAAAGGAACUGUCACAGUCAGACAAAGAGAUGAUCCUGAAACUGGCAAAGCUGGCUUUCCAACAGCUGCAGAAGGGCAACCUGAUCUUCUAUGAGGAGGACCUGAGAGAGUGUGGCCUUGAUGUCACAGAGGCAUCAGAGUACUCAGCAUUGUGUACAGAGAUCUUUAAAGAGGAAUCUGGGCUGUACCAAGAGAAGGUCUACAGCUUUGUGCAUCUGAGCAUUCAGGAGUUUCUAGCAGCAGUGCAUGCUUUAGAAUCAUGUCUGGACAAGAAGGAAAAUGUUUUCUCCCCCACGAGUGAUGAUGACGAGAAAGAGUCAUUCCAGUUGUCUGACUUACACAGGACAGCAGUGGACCAGGCCUUGAACAGUGAGAAUGGACACCUGGACCUGUUCCUCCGCUUCCUUCUGGGUCUCUCACUGGAGUCCAAUCAGAAUCUGUUACGAGGCCUUCUGACACCGACAGGAAGGACAACACAGACCAGUGAGGAAACAGUUGAGAGAACAGUCAGGUUCCUUUCAGACAAGAUAAACCAGGAAUCCUCACCAGAAAGGAUCAUCAACUUGUUUCACUGUCUGAAUGAACUUGGUGCCAACUCUCUUGUUGAAGACAUGCAGACCUCCCUGCAUUCAGGAACUCUUUCAGAAACAAGACUAAAACCUGACCAAUGUUCAGCCCUGGCCUACCUGUUACUGAUGUCAGAGGAGGUGCUGGAGGAGUUUGACCUGAAGACAUACAACACAUCAGAGAAAGGUUAUCAGAGGUUGCUGCCAGUAGUGAAAACCUGCAAGAGAGCACUACUGGAUGGCUGUAAACUCACAUAUAAAUCCUGUGAGACUCUGGCCUCAGCUCUGCAGACACCAAACUCCCCCCUGAGAGAACUGGACCUCAGCUACAAUGACCUGGGAGACAGAGGAGUAGAGCUGCUCUGUGUUGGACUAACCAGUCCACUAUGCAACAUACAGACACUAGUACUGGUUGACUGUAAAAUCACACAUGAAUCCUGUGAGACUCUGACCUCAGCUCUGCAGACACCAAACUCCCCCUUGAGAGAACUGAACCUCAGCAACAAUGACCUGGGAGACAGAGGAGUGGAGCUGCUCUGUGUUGGACUAACCAGUCCACUCUGCAACAUACAGACACUAGUACUGGCUGACUGUAAAAUCACAUAUGAAUCCUGUGAGACUCUGGCCUCAGCUCUGCAGACACUAAACUCCCCCCUGAGAGAACUGGACCUCAGCUAUAAUGACCUGGGAGACAGAGGAGUGGAGCUGCUCUGUGUUGGACUAACCAGUCCGCUCUGCAACAUACAGACACUAGUUCUUGGUCAGUGUGGUCUGACAGAGGGUUGCUGUUCAGAUCUGUCCUCAGUCCUGAGUUCACCCAACUCACAACUGAAACAUCUGGAGCUGAGAGACAAUGACCUGCAGGACUCAGGAGUUACACUGCUGUCUGCUGGACUGGAGGAUCCAGACUGUAAACUACACACACUGGGGCUAUCUGGCUGUCUGGUCACAGAGGAGGGCUGUGCUGCUCUGUCUUCAGCUCUGAGGUCAAACCCCUCCCACCUGAAAGAGCUGGACCUGAGCUACAAUCACCCAGGAGACUCUGCAGGGGGACUGCUUUCAGCUGCUCUGGUGGAUCCCACAUAUAAACUGAUGAAGCUGAAUGUGGAUCAUGGUGGAGAGUGCAGGCUGAAAUCAGGGCUGAGGAAAUAUGCCUGUUAUCUCACCCUGGACCCAAAUACAGCACACCCAAACCUGAUACUGUCUGAGGGGAACAGGAAGGUGACACGGGUGGUGGAGGACCAGCAUUAUGAAGACCAUCCAGACAGAUUGGAUCAUCCCCAAGUUCUCUGCAGAGAAGGCUUAUCUGGAGGUCGUUAUUACUGGGAGGUGGAGAGGGAUGGUGACGGGGCUUUCAUUGGUGUGGCGUACAAAGGAAUGAAGAGAAAGGGACGGGAGGAUGACCGUAGGAUUAGACACAAUAAGGAGUCCUGGUGUUUAGUCUGCUAUGAUAGUGCUUAUAACUUUUACCAUAAUGGAGUCAUCAGAUACACUCGAUCAGAUUCUUGUCCUGAUUCUGACAGAGUUGGAGUGUAUCUGGACUGGCCAGCUGGUACUUUGUCCUUCUAUAGUGUGUCCUCCUCUGGUACACUGACACACCUUCACACAGAACACACCACAUUCACUGAACCCCUCUAUCCUGGGUUUAUAAUGUACUCCUCUGACUACACCUCAUUGACCCUGUGUCAGAUCGAUGACCAACACAUUCAGAGAGACCAUGGUGGAGAGAGUUGGAUCAGGCCUGGACCUGAGGACACCAGAGACCAUGGUGGAGAGAGUUGUAUCAAGUCUGGACCUGAGGACACCAGAGACCAUGGUGGAGAGUGUUGGAUCAAGCCUGGACCUGAGGACACCAGAGACCAUGGUGGAGAGAGUUGGAUCAGGCCUGGACCUGAGGACACCAGAGACCAUGGUGGAGAGAGUUGGAUCAGGCCUGGACCUGAGGACACCAGAGACCAUGGUGGAGAGAGUUGUACCAAGCCUGGACCUGAGGACACCAGAGACCAUGGUGGAGAGAGUUGGAUCAGGCCUGGACCUGAGGACACCAGAGACCAUGGUGGAGAGAGUUGGAUCAGGCCUGGACCUGAGGACACCAGAGACCAUGGUGGAGAGAGUUGUAUCAAGCCUGGACCUGAGGACACCAGAGACCAUGGUGGAGAGAGUUGUAUCAAGUCUGGAACUGAGGACACCAGAGACCAUGGUGGAGAGUGUUGGAUCAAGCCUGGACCUGAGGACACCAGAGACCAUGGUGGAGAGAGUUGUAUCAAGCCUGGACCUGAGGACACCAGAGACCAUGGUGGAGAGAGUUGGAUCAAGUCUGGACCUGAGGACACCAGAGACCAUGGUGGAGAGAGUUGGAUCAAGUCUGGACCUGAGGACACCAGAGACCAUGGUGGAGAGAGUUGUACCAAGUCUGGACCUGAGGACACCAGAGACGUUGGUGGAGAGAGUUGUACCAAGUCUGGACCUGAGGACACCAGAGACCAUGGAGGAGAGAGUUGUACCAAGUCUGGACCUGAGGACACCAGAGACCAUGGUGGAGAGAGUUGUACCAAGUCUGGACCUGAGGACACCAGAGACCAUGGUGGAGAGAGUUGGAUCAAGCCUGGACCUGAGGACACCAGAGACCAUGGUGGAGAGAGUUGUAUAAAGUCUGGACCUGAGAAAUGGAUUCCUCAGAGCUGUAAGACUUGUGACCAUGUUGAGGACUCCACACACUGGCUUCAGAUUGAACCCUUGACUUCCACUGUCCAGGGAGUGACAAUGUUCAGGCACAGGACAGCCAAAGGGAGUUAUGAGUGCACAGUGUCUGGCCUCCGCUGGCUGUGUGAGAGAGAUGUCAUUCUGAAGUAUCACUUCAGGAACUGGGAACCCUACAGUCAACUUCUGAAAGACAUGCAGUACACACAAGGUGGUCCAUUGCUGGACAUCACUAUGGAGUUAGGUGAACUGGAGGAAGUUCGUCUGCCACACUUUGUCUGUUUAGGGACCAACCCUUCCCUGAGGAAUGAGAUGAAGAUUCUUCAUGUAGAGGAACAUGGAGUGUCUUUAGAGGAAGUGCAUGAGGUCACCAGAUUCCAUGCUAAGAUUCUCCAUCCCAAGUUCUCAGCUAUCUCUCUGAUACUGAGAUUACUGUCUUGGAACGUAGAUGUCCACUGUGAGCUGAUGCUCUAUCUGUCAGUGAUGAAGGAAACACUAAUUCCACGCCUAUACCUGUUCCCCAGUAACCCCGGCCAGAUACAGGUUGUGGAACAACAGGAAACAAAGUUUCAAGGGUCUAAAAGGAUUCCCAUCACAAGACCAGAGCGGUCCUUCAAACUGAAUUGUUACUUCAGACUGAACAUUCCCUGUUCUACUGCCAUCAAUCCACCGAGGAUUCAUCUCAUACAAAGAGACACCACACCAAGCUUUUUCAAGGCGGUUGUGAAAAUGACAGGGAUUGACAUUGAGAUGGAGUUAUUCAGUGAUGAUGAGAGGACAGUAUGGACAGAAAUAGUAUCACGAGAUGAAUACUAUCAGAACCAAGCAUUAACACUCUCUGGGAUUCCUGCUGAGGAGUUUCUGAAGCAACACAGGGCUGAACUCAUUCAGGGAGUCAAAAACACAAUGCCAAUAGCAGAUGAUCUGUUGUCAAAGAGCAUGAUUGGUGAUGAAGAGUACUCCAGAAUAAAAGCUGAAACAACUGAACAGGAGCGAAUGAGAGAACUACUGAAUGCAGUCCUCCCUAAAGGACCAGAAGUGAUGGGAGCUUGUCUCAAAGCUCUCAGUGAACAUGAACGACAUCUUGUUAAGUACUUGAGAGAAUCUAGCACCUAAUCUGAAGAUGCUGAGGCCUGUCUCCUAAUCUGUGGACAAAGACACUUCUCCACCUAAUCUGAAGAUGCUGAGGCCUGUCUCCUAGUCUGUGGACAAAGACACUUCUCCACCUAAUCUGAAGAUGCUGAGGCCUGUCUCCUAGUCUGUGGACAAAGACACUUCUCCACCUAAUCUAAAGAUGCUGAGGCCUGUCUCCUAGUCUGUGGACAAAGACACUUCUCCACCUAAUCUGAAGAUGCUGAGGCCUGUCUCCUAGUCUGUGGACAAAGACACUUCUCCACCUAAUCUGAAGAUGCUGAGGCCUGUCUCCUAGUCUGUGGACAAAGACACUUAAAUGAUUGUAAUGGAAAUGUUUAUGUUUGUGCUAUUCUUUUAACACAUGUCUGUGUUUUAUUCAUGUGCUGUUCUAUAAACCAAUGUGUGUUCAUUAAGUGGCUGACUGUACAAAUCCUCAUUAUCAGUAGCUGUAAUUUGGCAGUAAGGCCAGACGUUGGUUUGAGAAGGAGAUAUCUCAGUUUCAAGGUCUCAGUUUAGAGAGAAUAAGACUGGUGAGGUGUUGGUCUGUCAAAUGUUAUGUGAUAAAUAUAAUAUAAUAAUAUAUCUGUGUAUAGCAUAUAUAAGACAACUGCUGGGUCUGACCAGGUAGAGCUCCUGAUUGACAUGUGUAUUAUGGUUCAUUGAGUUGAGUCUGAUCAGGGAGAGCUCCUGAUUGACAUGUGUAUUAUGGUACAUUGAGUUGAGUCUGACCAGGGAGAGCUCCUGAUUGACAUGUGUACUAUGGUUCAUUGAGUUGGGUCUGACCAGGGAGAGCUUCCCAUUAAGAGUAGAAACCUUCUCUGUUCACAUUGUCUAUCACCUUCACAUUAAGAGUAGAAACCUUCUCUGUUCACAUAGUCUAUCACCUUCACAUUAAGAGUAGAAACCUUCUCUGUUCACAUAGUCUAUCACCUUCACAUUAAGAGUAGAAGCCUUCUCUGUUCACAUAGCCUAGUUGAACUCGUUUUUGGAUGGUGCUCUUAUGGCGAUGUGGCUACCGUCUAUUUCUCCAUUCGUAUUUGGGAACCCAUUGAUGGCAAAGAAACCCCUCUUAACCUGUUGCGUGUGUGAGAUGCCUCUGGCUGAAAAGUUCCCCCUGCCACCUCUACACUCUAACCACUAGGCUACCCUGCCGCCUCUACACUCUAACCACUAGGCUACCUGCCUCCUCUACACUCUAACCACUAGGCUACCCUGCCGCCUCUACACUCUAACCACUAGGCUACCUGCCUCCUCUACACUCUAACCACUAGGCUACCCUGCCGCCUCUACACUCUAACCACUAGGCUACCUGCCGCCUCUACACUCUAACCACUAGGCUACCUGCCUCCUCUACACUCUAACCACUAGACUACCUGCCUCCUCUACACUCUAACCACUAGGCUACCCUGCCGCCUCUACACUCUAACCACUAGGCUACCUGCCUCCUCUACACUCUAACCACUAGGCUACCUGCCUCCUCUACACUCUAACCACUAGGCUACCCUGCCGCCUCUACACUCUAACCACUAGACUACCUGCCUCCUCUACACUCUAACCACUAGGCUACCUGCCUCCUCUACACUCUAACCACUAGGCUACCCUGCCGCCUCUACACUCUAACCACUAGGCUACCUGCCUCCUCUACACUCUAACCACUAGGCUACCCUGCCGCCUCUACACUCUAACCACUAGGCUACCCUGCCGCCCAGUGUGUGAGAUGCCUCUGGCUGAAAAGUUCCCCUGGGCCAAAAACCCGAGGGAUUGAUUUGGAUGCAGCGGUGCCAAAUCUUCCAACAGAUCAGAUCAGACAUCUCUCAUUGUGUUUCCAUUAUCUCAGUCUGUUAUAGUAUUUACCGGGUAGUUGACCUUUCACACGUUCCUCUAAUUUAACACAUUACUGGCCUUUAUGUGGAUUAUUAUCAAAUGACCUGAUCAGAUUAUAUACAGCCUGUCAAGACAUGUUGAAUUCACAAAUAAAUAAAACAAUAAUGGCAUUA